AUGGCCCAACAGCAAGUGUGGGAGGAGAGGCAGGCGUUGGGGAUUGUGUCGCCCACAAGGUUGCGGGCGCGAGGACGGGGAUAUGGGGGGGGGGGUGUUUCAGAGGAGCGUGGUGGGUCACAAGUGGUGCAGGGUACACGGCAGUGUUUACCACAGCAACGAGCGGGUGUAGUGCGUAGCCCCGCCUCGAGCGACCGCUUGCCCCUACAACCCAGUUAUUCGGUAGAAAACAUUCCAUACGCUGGCGGCAACUACCACGACGACUACGACCCACGGCCGCAGCGACAUGACAACAACUACUCGUUCGACCCCCAGACGCACCACGAUGCCUACUACCAGCAGCCCUACGACCCCACGCCCAUUGAUCAGAGUCCCGGGGCGGGUUACGGCACACAGCCCACCCAUUACUGGCAGGACGACGACAUGAACAGGCCCAUGAUCCAGGGCGCCAACUCGUACGGCCCAGAUCCUCAUGACCCGGAAGACAUGGACCCGGAAAACCCGUUUCACGAUGAGCCUGCGCCGCCCCCCAGCCAAACGCCAAUCAAGCGGUGGAAAACGGUAAAGGAAGUCCAGCUGUUCAAGGGCAACUUGGUGCUGGACUGCCCCAUUCCACCGCGGUUGCUCAACCAGGUCCCACAUGCACAGCCCCCCGAGCGUGACGAGUUCACACACAUGCGCUACUCGGCCGCCACCUGCGACCCCGCAGACUUUGAUGCUGAGCGAUUCACCCUGCGACAAAAGCUGUUUGCAAAGCCGCGACACACUGAGCUCUUCAUUGUCAUUACCAUGUACAAUGAGGAAGACGAGCUGUUCGCGCGCACCAUGAUUGGCGUCAUCAAGAACAUCGAGUACAUGAACUCGCGCACCAACAGCAAGACGUGGGGCAAAGACGCGUGGAAGAAGAUCGUAGUGUGCGUCGUCAGCGACGGUCGUGCCAAGAUCAAUCCACGCACCCGCGCAGUGUUGGCAGGUCUCGGUGUCUACCAAGACGGCAUUGCCAAGCAGCAAGUCAACGGCAAGGAUGUGACUGCGCACAUUUACGAAUACACCACCCAGAUGACUCUCGACAUCAAAAAGGGUGUCGUUGGCGUCAAGAAGGGCAACACGCCCGUGCAGAUGCUCUUCUGUCUCAAGGAAAAGAACCAGAAGAAGAUCAACUCGCAUCGCUGGUUCUUCCAGGCAUUCGGCACUGUCCUCGACCCCAACGUCUGUGUGCUCAUCGACGCGGGUACAAAGCCUGGCAAGGACUCUGUCUACCAGUUGUGGAAGGCUUUCGAUCUCGAACCCAUGUGCGCUGGUGCCUGUGGUGAGAUCAAGGCCAUGUUGGUGCACGGAAAGAAGCUUCUGAACCCCCUCGUUGCCACGCAGAACUUUGAGUACAAGAUGAGUAACAUUUUGGAUAAGCCUCUCGAGUCGGCAUUCGGCUUCAUCAGUGUGCUUCCUGGUGCUUUCUCGGCCUACCGCUAUGUCGCUCUGCAAAACGACAAGGCCGGACAAGGACCACUGGAAAAGUACUUUGCUGGUGAGAAGAUGCACGGCGCCAACGCUGGCAUCUUCACAGCCAACAUGUACUUGGCCGAAGAUCGUAUUCUCUGCUUCGAGCUCGUAUCCAAGCGUAACUGCCACUGGAUUCUGCAAUACGUCAAGUCGGCCACGGGAGAAACUGAUGUCCCCACGACCAUGGCCGAGUUCAUCAGUCAGCGUCGUCGUUGGCUGAACGGAUCCUUCUUCGCUGCCGUCUAUGCCUUGGCUCACUCGUACGACAUCUUCCGCAGUGACCACUCCUUUUUGCGUAAAAUCAUGUUCCUCGUCGAGUUCUUGUACCAGACUAUCAGCAUGAUUUUCGCCUGGUUCGCGCUUGGCAACUUCUUCCUCGUCUUCCGCAUUCUCACGGCUUCGCUGCAAAACGAACUCGGUACCACUGGCAAGGUCCUCUUCAUCAUAUUCGAAUGGCUUUACAUUGCCGUGCUCAUUACCUGCUUUAUACUGUCACUUGGCAAUCGGCCCCAGGGUUCCAACAAGUGGUACAUGUCCAUGGUCUACUUUUGGUGUAUCAUCAUGACAUACCUCAUGUUUGCCUCCAUCUUCAUCACGGUCCGCUCCGUACAGGGACAAAUCAAGGCCAACAACGGCUUCAACUUUGUCGAUCUGUUCAAAGAUAAAAUCUUCGCAACCUUGAUCAUAUCGCUGCUGUCGACCUACGUCAUGUGGCUGCUCGUCUCUAUCAUCUUCCUGGAUCCAUGGCACAUGUUCACAUCCUUUAUCCAAUAUCUCCUCAUGACGCCAACCUACAUCAACAUUCUCAACGUCUAUGCCUUCUGCAACACGCACGACAUCACAUGGGGCACCAAAGGAGAUGACAAGCCGGAAAAGCUGCCUUCAGUCACGACAAAAGCCGACGGUAAAGCCGAUAUCCAGGCACCGACCGAUGACGCCGAUCUCAACACUCAAUACGAGGAAGAGCUAAAGGUGUUCAGCUCCAAGUGGGUCGAGGAGAAGAAGAUCCCGUCAGCCGCUGAAAAGCAGGAAGACUACUACAAGGGUUUCCGAUCGGGUGUCGUGCUCUUCUGGAUGUUCUGCAACUUGGGUCUGACGGCGCUGGUGCUGCAGUCGGGUGGCCUGGAGCUUACCGUCAGCAGCCCCGACGAGGCUCAGAAGAAACGAAACGACGCUGCCACCAUCUACUUGGCUGUUGUCUUGUACAGUGUUGCAGGCCUGGCCGCUUUUAGGUUCAUUGGCGCAAUGUGGUUCUUGGUGGUCCGUAUGUUCCGUGGUGUGUAA